CUCUCUCUCUCUCUCUCUCUCAAACACGAACUCAAAUUAAAGAAAACAAAAAACAUGUCAUUCAUUGCUUACACUCUUUUCUGGUAACUUACAGUUUCAACUUUCAACGCUCAAUAAAAACAUUUUUUUCCCCUUUCGCGACAUUUUCUCGGCAAGCAAACACAGGAUAAGCAAAGAAACAAGAGUUCUAGGGGGGAAUGGAGAAGUGGGCAUUUUAAAGAUUGAAUCUUUUUUGAGGCUUUGGUAUUGGGUUUUUUUUUUCUUUUUUCCUUUAAGAAAUGGCUAGUGGUGGUGCAAAUUAUAGGAAUGGGACUCAGAGGAACUCUCUCAAAGGAACAACAACAGCAACAGAUAGGCAACUAUCUAUGAACUCAAACCCUUCAAAGGCUGCACUGAAAAACAAGUCUUUGUCUUUGGUUGGUGCAUCUUCUGGGCUAAGGAAGAGUAGCCCUGGGUCACUUGGAGGUGGAACUGCCAAAGAUGAUGCUGGGGUUCCUGGAAGAGUUCGAGUGGCUGUGAGAUUACGCCCACGUAGUGCAGAAGAGUCGGUGGCAGAUGCUGAUUUUGCUGAUUGUGUAGAACUUCAACCAGAGUUUAAGAGGUUAAAGCUUCGGAAAAACAAUUGGGACACAGAUACCUAUGAGUUCGAUGAAGUGCUUACGGAGUUUGCAUCACAAAAGCGUGUGUAUGAAGUUGUUGCAAAGCCGGUUGUGGAGAGCGUUUUGGAUGGUUAUAAUGGAACGGUCAUGGCUUAUGGUCAGACUGGUACUGGGAAAACAUAUACGCUUGGACGACUUGGGGAGGAAGAUACGGCUGAUCGCGGCAUAAUAGUCCGUGCUAUGGAGGAUAUAUUAGCAGAUGUUUCGUUGGAAAGUGAUUCUGUUUCAGUCUCCUAUUUGCAGCUCUACAUGGAGAGCUUACAGGAUCUUCUUGAUCCUACAAACGACAACAUUUCCAUUGUGGAAGACCCAAAGUCUGGAGAUGUUUCACUACCUGGGGCUACCCUAGUCGAAAUAAGAGAUCAGCAGAGUUUCUUGGAAUUACUCCAAUUAGGGGAAGCUCAUCGCUAUGCUGCAAACACAAGAUUGAAUACUGAAUCUUCUCGAAGUCAUGCUCUUUUGAUGGUACAUGUCAAAAGAUCUGUCAAAGGAAGAGAACUUGCUCAUUCAAGUCAAAAUGGUAACAGUACCAACAUAGCUAAAUCUCUUAGGCCUACACUUGUUCGAAAGGGCAAGUUAGUUGUUGUAGAUCUUGCUGGUUCAGAGCGGAUUGAUAAGUCAGGGAGCGAAGGCCAUACACUUGAGGAAGCGAAAUCUAUCAAUCUUUCUUUGAGUGCAUUAGGAAAGUGCAUUAAUGCGCUGGCAGAGAAUAGUGCUCAUGUUCCAGUUCGUGAUUCGAAGCUUACAAGGUUACUUCGAGAUUCAUUUGGAGGCACAGCAAGGACAUCAUUGGUUAUAACUAUAGGUCCAUCCCCACGUCAUCGUGGAGAAACGACUAGCACUAUAAUGUUUGGACAGAGGGCUAUGAAAGUGGAGAAUAUGUUGAAGCUUAAGGAAGAAUUUGAUUACAAAAGUUUGGCUAGGAAGUUAGACAUACAGUUAGACAAACUGAUUAUGGAACAUGAGAGGAAACAGAAAGCUUUUGAAGAAGAGAUUGAAAGAAUAACCACAGAUACUCAAAACCAAAUCUCUGAGGCUGAAAGAAAUUAUGCAGAUGCAAUGGAGAAGGAAAGAUUGAAGUAUCAGAAGGACUAUAUGGAAUCAAUAAAGAAGCUUGAGGAGAAAUGGAUGAUGAAUCAACAUAAGCUAGGUGAAAGAAAGGACCAGACGGCAUCCACUGCUCAAGAAGUUGCUGAGCUAAAAAAGCUACUUAGCAAAGAAACGUCACUAAGGAAAGCAGCUGAAGAGGAAGUCAAUAACCUUAAAAGUCAACUUGCUCAAUUGAAAAUGUCUGAGGCAUCAGCAAAUUCUGAGAGCUUGAAACUGCGAAAGAUGCUGGAAGAUGAGGCAUAUCGAAAGGAAAAACUUGAAGGGGAAAUAUCAAUGCUACAAACGCAGUUAUUGCAGCUAAGUUUUGAAGCCGACGAGACUAGAAGAAGGCUUGACAGAGGUGGGCCUGGCAAAGUCCCAGGUGAUCUAGAUUCUCUUAUCUCUCAAGUUAGACCACAGGUAAACGAUUCAGUAAAUGAAGAAAAAGCCUCAAUAGCAAACCUCUUUGAACAAGUGGGAUUGCAAAAGAUCUUGUCAUUGCUUGAAGCAGAAGAUGCUGAUGUGCGGAUUCAUGCUGUGAAAGUGGUAGCAAAUUUAGCAGCUGAGGAAUCAAAUCAGCAGAAGAUUGUAGAAGCUGGAGGUCUAACGUCCUUGCUGUUGCUGCUUGGAAGCUCCGAGGAUGAGAUGAUUCAUAGAGUUGCAGCUGGUGCAAUUGCCAAUCUUGCGAUGAAUGAAACCAACCAGGAACUCAUAAUGUCUGAGGGGGGCAUUAGAUUGUUAUCAAUAACAGCAGCUAAUGCUGAGGAUCCACAAACACUUAGAAUGGUUGCUGGUGCUAUCGCCAAUCUCUGUGGCAAUGAUAAGCUGCAGAAUAAGCUAAGAGGUGAAGGUGGUAUCAAGGCAUUGCUCGGAAUGGUCAAAUGCGGACAUCCAGAUGUUCUUGCUCAAGUUGCACGUGGAAUAGCAAACUUCGCUAAAUGCGAGUCAAGAGCAUCAGCUCAAGGAAGUAAAACUGGCAGGUCUCUUCUGAUCGAGGAUGGAGCACUUCCUUGGAUUGUACAGAAUGCUAACAAUGACGCCUCGCCAAUCCGGCGGCAUAUUGAACUCGCAGUCUGCCACUUAGCACAACAUGAAGUGAAUGCUAGAGACAUGAUAACCGGAGGUGCCUUAUGGGAACUGGUUCGCAUCUCCCAAGACUGUUCCAGGGAAGACAUAAGAACUCUUGCGCACCGGACGCUUACUUCCAGCCCCACCUUCUUAGCCGAACUGAGGCGGCUACGAAUAGACUAUUGAUAACAUUUCAGAAGGUUUGAUUGAAGUGCACAAGCUGUGUCAGCUCGAACCAAUUCAGACUAUAGAGAACUGACUCCCAACCUGUAAAAUCACAGUAGUGUCCAGACAGGUGUGCUCUUGUCGAAGUUUUACUGUGAAAUAGAUCGUGCUCAGAGGUACAGCGGAUCAUUGCAGCUCGAGAUAUAUUCAUCAAAAUGUUGUUUUUUAACCUCGUAUUUGUAUUCAUCUGAGACCUAUUCUUGUGUAGUUUGCUAAUUAUAAACUGAACAAAUAGUUUGUAUAUGAAAUGGAUAGGAGGGUUUACUAA